GCAGAGCAAGAUGGAGGACAGUGUGACAGAAGUGACGCGUUAACGGGGAAGAAGAAGAAGAGUCCGGUUCUCCUGGACCCGGGACCCAGCUGGACUUCAGCGACCAGGACCGCGACAAGGCCGGGAUGAAGGAGGAGAACCAGGACCCGGGUUUCAUGGACCCGGAUCCCGAGAAGACAUGGAUGAAGGAGGAGGACCAGGACCCGGACUUCAUAGACCCAGACCACUACGAGAUUGUGAUGAAGGAGGAGAACCAGGACCCGGAAUUCCCCGACCAGACAUGGACUGAGGAGGAGAAUCAGGAACCAGACUCCUACAACAUCGUGAUCAAGGAGGAGAACCAGUACCCGGAUUUAAUUGAACAGACUGGGAUCAAGGAGGAGAACCAGGACCCGGGUUUCACCGAGCAGACCGGGCUGGAGGAGGAGAACCAGGACCCGGGUUUCAACGAGCAGACUGGGCUGGAGGAGGAGAACCAGGACCAGGGUUUCACCGAGCAGACCGGGCUGGAGGAGGAGAACCAGGACCAAGGUUUCACCGAGCAGACCGGGCUGGAGGAGGAGAACCAGGACCAGGGUUUCACCGAGCAGACCGGACUGGAAGAGGAGAAGAAGGACCCGGGUUUGACCGAGCAGACCGGGCUGGAGGAGGAGAACCAGGACCCGGGUUUCACCGAGCAGACCGGGCAGGAGGAGGAGAACCAGGACCCGGGUUUCACCGAGCAGACCGGGCUGGAGGUGGAGAACCAGGACCCGGGUUUCACCGAGCAGACCGGGCUGGAGGAGGAGAACCAGGACCCGGGUUUCACCGAGCAGACCGGGCAGGAGGAGGAGAACCAGGACCCGGGUUUCACCGAGCAGACCGGGCUGGAGGAGGAGAACCAGGAGCAGGGAACUGAGCCUGAACACGGUCUAGAGGAACAGAGUCACACAACUGUCCGUCACAUCAGACAGGAGAAGAGCAGCUGUGGCGAGUGCGAGGACACGUUCACAUCUUCCGGUGGUUUAAAGAUCCACCUCCGCACGGCUCACGGUGGAGAGAGACGGUACAGCUGUGACCAGUGUGAGGACACGUUCACCAACUCCAGCUGUUUAAAAACGCACCGACACGUCCACACCGGAGAGAAACCGUACAGCUGUGAGGAGUGUGGGAAAACCUUCAGGGCUUUGAGCACGGCGAGGAUCCAUCAGCUGAUUCACAGCGGGGAGAAACCGCACCACUGUGAGGAGUGUGGGAAAUCCUUUCUGACCUCAAACAGACUUAAAACUCACAGACGCAUCCACACCGGGGACAAACCGUACAUGUGUGAACAGUGCGGUAAAAGCUUCACCAGGUCCAGUUACCUGACGAUCCACCAGCGCGUCCACACCGGGGAGCGGCCGUACAGCUGCGGCGAGUGCGGGGCAGCGUUCAGCACGUCACAUGGUCUAAAGAUCCACGAGCGCAGCCACACCGGGGAGAGGCCGUACGGCUGUGAGCAGUGUGGGGCGUGCUUCACCACGCCCACCGCUCUGAAAGGUCAUAAACGCCGGCACAGCGGGGAGAAGCUGUACAGCUGCACCCAGUGUGGGAAAGCUUUCACAGCGCUGGGUCAUCUGAUAAACCACCGCCGUCUCCACAGCGGAGAGAAACCGUACAACUGCGAUCUCUGUACGAAGUCUUUCGUGACUUCAACUCAGCUACAAACUCAUCGACGCAGCCACACCGGGGAGAGGCCGUACGGCUGCGACCAGUGUGGGAAGAGCUUCAGCAGGUCAGGGGAUCUGAAAAGCCACAAACGCAUUCACAGCGGAGACCGACCGUACAGCUGCGACCAGUGUGGGGCAGCGUUCAGCAGGUCGGACGUCCUGAAGACACACAGACGUGUUCACACCGGAGAGAGACCGUUCAGCUGCGAUGAGUGUGGGGCCAGUUUCACCAGAGCAGAUCAUCUGAAGAUCCACAGGCGGGAUCACACCGGGGAGAAACCGUACGGCUGCGACCUUUGUGACAAAUCAUUCGCGUCUUCGAAACAACUACGUGUCCAUCAGAGGAGUCACAGCGCCGAGUCCAACCCAGAUUAAAAUCCCUCCACCGUGUUCACGUGUCGGUUCUGGUUCCAUGGACUCGAUGGUUCAGAGACUCAUGGUCUUCAUCAUGUGGAGCAUGAUGGUUAAAGUGCUGGUAGCCAAUGAGGAGGCUCCACCUAACUGACGGGCUCAUGAAUUACACAUAUGCAAGCAUACAUUCGAUCAACAUAGAAAGUUUGUCCUCGAUUUAUUCAAAUGCUGAGUGAAACAGACAAACAAAGCUUCUGAGGAGCUGCGUCUGGAAGUAGUUCUGUCUCUACACUGUAGAUCACAACCUUUUUUCUGUUUGUGAAUUGAAUAACUUUCCAUUUCCAUCAUGUUUGAUGCAAACUAACCGAAACUGAAAUAGACAUUGGUCGAUUCUGUUCAUACAGGAAAUGUGACCACCGCACUGAGUCUUCUAAUGUUUGAAUCCUCUGUGAUAAAUAAAGUCUUUUUA